AUGUACAGAUCAUCACACCACACGACCCCUUCCUUCCACGGCCUGGCCGGACUGUCGGGAUAUUCCCGUCCUCGCGACAAGACGCCGUCUGAACUCGACCCCACCUGUUCCAUCAUUCAGCAAUACUACAUUCCGACGACCACCACCAAGCCUGGCAGUCCCAAGCUGACUGUCUCGUCCAGCUUCAAGGACUUCCGCUCCUCCAUCUACGCCUCAAGGACCACCCGCUCCCCAACAUCUCCCAAAUCAGACAGGUCCAUGGCCUCCUCAUCCGGCGGCAGAGCCCAAGGUGGCGCCGCAUCUCAAGCAGGUACACCCUCUCUCUCGGCCAAGGCCACUACCGACCCAGUCCUCCGCAAUACCCUGCGGUACACCAUCUCGGCACGCGAAUAUGCCCUCCUCCAUCGAUAUGUCUUGUCAAAGUCACGACAGCUCAAGAAGCGCGUGCCAACGGUCGAGACCGUCAACCGUAUCAUGAACGGCGAUGCGGGAGGCAAAAGCAGCUCCAAGAAGGGCAAGGCGAAAGCAGAGGACAGUACAGCUUCCAUAGACAUGAGCGUCGCAGAUGUGGGGAGCACGAGCGCAGGGGCGAACGCUGGAGCUGGCGCCAUCCUGGGCGCGGACGACUACAACGCGCGCGCCGUGCGGCACUCCGUCCGAAUAUUUGCCACCACGGCUGUUGCUCUGAAGGCUUGGGGCGUGAUCGCGACGAGGUUUAUGGGCCAGAAGCAGGACCCGAAGCUGAAGAAGCAGCCGCUGCACAAGUCGCCCGUCUUCCGCCUGUCGCUGUCGCUGAGCAGCAUCCUGCUGCUGUAUAGGCUUCUGUUCCGCUUCUUCACCAGGUUGCGGCUGCACAUCCUCGACGACUCUGCGGAGCCGUUCCGGAAGAGGAACCCUAGGACUGCGAAUACGCUGACGUCGCCGUACGCGCCUGCUAUUGGCGCGUCCCUGGCUGGCUUGGCCCUGGGUGUGUAUCCGGCCGAACAGCUUCGUGUUACUAUCGCUAUCUACGCUAUGUUUCGGGCGCUAGAAUUUAGUUGGAAUUUUGCCGAAGAUGGAGGAUUGGUGUGGGGAAGAGAAAAGAAUGGUCGGAUGAAGAAGAGACCGUGGUGGUUCGGCAGCUGGUUGCUUCAGCCUUUCGCAUUUGGCCAGCUUCUGCACUCCUUUGUCUUUGACCAGGACUGCUUUCCUACGGCCUACGGCGACUUCAUUAUGAAGAACUCGUCGGCAUACCUGCACCCGCGACCCAAGGACUAUCCUGCGGGCUUGAAGUGGCCGAGCACGCGGGAGGUGGUCGACAGUAUGGCUCAGAUGGCUCGGCUCAAUUGGCCGCCCUAUGUCUCACCAACUCUCUUCCCAAACAAGGAAGACACCCUUCCGCCAUCCCUCACGAGCGUUGCUCCUCUCUCGGCCCCAGCACACCCUCUUAUCACAGCACUUAGCUGCGCGACCUUGCACCCGCAAGACCCGUCAUGCAGCCGCACAUUCCUUACCUUCUGGCUGCGGUCCUUCCCGCCCCUGACACGCUUCUUCCUGCUCGUCUACUCCGCCUUCUUGGUGCCGCGGUACAAGGCCCUUUACAACUUCCCCUUCACGACGCUUAACAAGCUCGUGAUAAACGCCCUGCGCAUGAGCGCUUUCGUCACGGGCUCCAUCUCCUCGGCCUGGGCCUCCAUCUGCUUCUUCCAGACGUGGCUGCCGCGGUCCUUCCUCGCGACGCAGCGCUUCUUCCUCGGCGGGUUCCUGGCCGGGUUCUGGGCGUGGGUCGAGCGCCGGCACGGCCGCGGCGUGUUCCUGUACUCGGCGCGCGUCAGCGUCGACAGCCUGUGGAAGGUCGGCGUCAAGCGGCGCUGGUGGAAGGCCAUGAAGGCCGGCGACGUGUGGGUGUUCGUGCUGGCGGUCAUGCUCACGGGCGUCGUGUACGAGCGGGACGCCCGCGCCGUCAGGGAGGACAGCUGGCGCAAGGGCAUCAGCUGGAUCCGGGGCCAGGGGUUCCGCGACUGGGCCAUCGAGGAGGAUGAGGAGGAUGAGGAUGUGAUCAGUGACGACGGGGUGGAGGGCGCGGAGGGCGAGACGGAGAACGAGGACGACGACGCCGAGUUCGUCGAGAGCGUCGAGUUUGUGCAGCGUGCUGGCUAG